AUGGCCAUCGACUUCGGGCAGGCGCGCAACAGCACGGCGUGGCACGCCGAACCCAGCCGCCGCGGCACGUACGGGCUGCUGUCGUCGUGCCUCGUGACAAUGGCGCUGUGCGUGUGGACUGCCGUGCACCUCAACCUGCCCGAGCACGGUAAGUCACAGGCGGCGCAGACGCGCCGCAAGCUGUGGUGGCUGCUGCUCGGGCUGCUGGCGCCCGAGUUCGUCGCGUGGACGGCGUUCGAGCAGCACCGCGAGGCGCGCGCGUUCCACGGCGAUAUUAAGGUGCGCGCAUCCACUUCCACAGCCUCGACAUGCACAUCGCCAGCCCUGGAACCACAGCCCAGAAGCCAGCCGCGGCGUCGACACUCGUGGACGAUGGCACACAGCCACUUCGCCAUCAUGGGCGGGUUCGCCUUCGACUCCGACGUCGCGUCCAGCGGCGGCGACUUUUUCCCAGCAAACCGCAAGCGCGCAGCCCUAACCGCGCUCGGCCUGCUGCGGCUCGCACACGUCACGCCACACUUGGUGCCAGACGUAUCCACGACGCAGAUCACCGACCGCAGCAAGGCGAACUGGCUAGCCAAGACGGUCGUCGCGCUGCAGGCGCUGUGGUUCGCCGCGCAGGUCGUGUCGCGGCUCGCGGCCGGGCUGACCGUCAGCCUGCUCGAGCUCAACACGUUCGCCCACGCCGCGUGCACGCUCGUCGCCUAUGCGCUGUGGUGGCACAAGCCGCUCGACGUCGCCGAGCCCGUGCUCGUGCGC